AUGGUGCAGAGGUUAAAUAUUGCCGUUGAUGUUGCUGAUGCACUAGAUUACUUGCACAACUGCGAACCUCCAGUUGUUCACUGUGAUUUGAAGCCAAGCAACAUUCUUCCUUUGAUACAAUAUGGCGAAGGUAGUCAAGUUUCUCCAUCUGGAGAUGUAUACAGCUUUGGAAGUGUCAUCCUUGAGUUGUUUACAGGCAUGGAGCCAACUCAUGACAUGUUCAGAGACGGGUUGACCUUGCAAAAACAUGCCGAGAAUGCAUUUCCAGAUAAGCUAAUGGAGAUUGUUGAUCCUGUCUUACCAUCCAUUGAAGAAAAAUAUGGGAGUAGUUUGCAGAAUCAAAGCAACAGAAUGGAGGAUAUCUGCAACACCAUAUUCUCUAUCAUAGAAGUUGCGCUAUCGUGCUGCAAGCAAGCACCAACAGAGAGGAUGUGCACGAGAGAUGCAGCAGCUGGGAUGCGCAAGAUAAGGGAUAGCCAUGUUAGAAAGAGUACAAGAUGA